GUAAAUUCACUAUCUUCACCUCAUUGCACCGAUUUCUCUUGUAGACUGUUUGGCUAUAUCUAUUACUUGAUCGAUAUUAUAAUGAGUUUCCGCAAGAAGGUCGUUAUAGUAACCGGAGCCAGUUCAGGCAUAGGUGCUGCUACAGCUAUUAAAUUCGCUGAACAAGGAGCCAACGUUGUACUCGCAGCCAGAAAUCAGGCCAAGCUAAAGGAAGUUGCUGACAAAUGUGAAGGCUAUGGUGGCGCACACUGUAUGGUCAUCGCUGACGUCACAAAAAAUGAAGACAUUAAGAAAAUUGUAGCAACUACCGUCGAACGGUUUGGAAAAAUCGAUGUUUUGGUCAAUAAUGCCGGAGUAGGCGGGGCGGCGGCUAUCUGGGAUACGAAUGCAAUGGAAGUGUACGACAAAAUUAUGGCGACUAAUCUUCGCUCCGUGGUCUACUUAACCAACCUCGCUGCUCCUCACUUGAUCAAAACUAAAGGUAACAUUGUGAACAUAUCUAGUGUUGCCGCGGUUGAUGUUAUCUUACCAGAACAAUUCGCUUAUUGUACGUCGAAGGCUGGAUUGGAUCAUUUCACCAGGUCCGUGGCACUCGACUUCGCAGCAAAAGGUGUGAGGGUCAACUCCGUUAACCCUGGUCCAGUGCAAACCAAUUUCGUUGAUAAUAUGGGUGUUAAUAAAGCUGAUGUAGACGACUUCUGGAAAAAGUUGGAGUCUAAGACACCCCUUGGCAGAAUUUCGGUUCCUGCAGAAAUUGCUGACUUGGUAUUGUUCUUAGCUAGCGAUAAAGCUGUAGCUAUAACGGGAUCGUCGUUCAUUACUGAUAAUGGGAUAUUGUUGAAGAGAGGUGAAUAAUGUUAAUAUGCACCUAUCAAAUGUACCUUUUUUUGCUUGGUCAUCUAUUUAUGCACCUCUAUAUCUUCUCCAUGGUUAUCUAUUUAUUAUAAACAGCAUUUAUGCUUGAGUAUUUUAGGUGGUUUCGCCUUUCAUUCUUUUUGUUCGUAUUAUGUUUCUUUUCCUUUGCUGCUAUCUUUUGUGCGUCUUUUUUGUGUAAAUAAAUAGAUUUUCUUAUUCUUCA